ACACUCGUAUUUACAAUCAUGUGGAUUUGUUUUGAUGCAAUGCAAACGAAAAUAACUUUGUUUUAUGUUUUUUCUUGACCUGUAAAAUUUGAUAAAAGAUUAAAACAUGAUCGAGCAUCUAAAUACUCGACGAAUGAUUGCUGUGAUUGUAGUUCUAAUCCUUCUAUGCAUUAUUAUUGUGAUACUCGAAGAAACAAUCACCGAUAAUGUUGAUCGUCCAACAUUUUAUCUUAACCAACAACAACAACAUCAUCAUCAAAAACUGCCUUCUUCAGGAAAUAAUAAUUCGAAUAUUCAUUUUAUUGAACAUCAUCAUAAUGAAUCUAAAGAGCCGAUAAAAUCGUUCGCAAAAGAUUCAAUCAAUGUCCACCAAACAUCAUGUUUGAACGAUGAACCAUUUGUGGUUCAAACACGAUGUACGCUUUGUUCUUUAUCUGAACGUACGAAUCAUAUUCCUUAUUGUAUAUCAACCGGUUAUAAAGAACAAAUUUAUUGUCAAAAUUCUGGCCAAAAAAUAUGGCAAUCUUGUGAUUCAAUAAUUUCAAUGUUUUACAUGUUUGAAUUAUUCAUGUUACUUAUGUCGAUCGUUUUUACAUUCUAUGUCCGAAAACGUCAAAGCUUACUAAAUCGUGCCAUUUUAAGCCGUAUCGAAAAACAAAUUUCAUCUGGUGUUUAAAAGAAUAAUUGAUAUGUUUGUACUAAUAUUAAAUCUUCAAUUUUAAAAUAAUAAUGAUAAUAAUAAAAGACCUAAAAAUUUUCCAUUUGAAAAAAAUCAUUUUAAGCUAUUAUAAGAUCUAGCGGUUAGCAGAAAGAAGAAAAAAGGUCAACACUUAUCACUACAGGACUGGUUUCUGUAUACAUCGAUUAUUAUAUUAUGUGUUGGCCAUUUUUAUUGAGAACAUAAACAAAUGAAUUAGAAGACAAAGAGCGAGUCCAUUGAAUG